AUGACUUAUUUUGACAAUAAAGAUAUUCAAGAACUUUCGAAAACAGUAGAAAAUGAUUCAUUAAACAAUAAUUAUUCUAAACCUGAAAAUGUAAACAAUGAAUCAGAUGUUUUAACUGAAAAAUUGUUUCAAUUAAUUGGUGGACCAUCUCCCGUAGCAAUUGUGAGACCUGCUCUAAAAACUAGAUCAAAAUUGAUGGAUCAAGAUCGAGAUUGGUCCAAGGAAGAAACUGAUUAUCUGUUUGAUAUGUGUAGAAAAUAUGAUCUUAGGUUUAUUAUUAUACAUGAUAGAUAUGAUUUUCCAAAUAAGAUUAGAACUAUUGAAGAUUUAAAAGAAAGAUACUACUCGGUGUGUAAAAAGAUUUUACAAAUAAGACCAACGCAACCUGGUAACAAUCAACAAGACAAAGGUGCAAUUAUUGCAUUGAAUACUUAUGAUAAACAAAAAAGAAAGAAAUCAUUUCAUAAUGGUCCAUUAACACCUAUUGUUGAAUUUAAUGGAUCAUCAAGAGCUUUCAAUCUAUCUGCCGGGGAUUCAUUUAAAAGACAACAACAAAACCAACAUUAUCGUACAUCAACUUCAACCACCACUGUAUCAGAACCUCAUUCAAAAGUUGAAGCCAUAAUACCUAUACAUACACGGUGUGAAAAAUUCCCAAUAGGAGCAUCAGUUAGAAGUCAAAAAAUACCAGUUCCAAAACAAAACUUAUUAACAAAAGUACAAAAGACUUUCCAGGAAUGUGGACUAGGAUAUCUUCCCACUGUACCAACUGAAAGUGUUUGUGGUAAAUGGACAGAAUUACAAAAAGCUAUUCAAAACUUGUUGGAUUUAAAAAAAAAUCUUGAAAAACAAGAAAAUGAAUUGAAGACAAAACAAGCAACCUUGCAAAAAGCAAAAUCGAGUAUCAUCGAUAGCUCUAACUUCAACAAUUCACUGAUACCUUUAAGUCUUACAACUAUUAUAUUGUCUGAAAAUUCACCCCAAGAAAUUCUUUUAUUAACAAAUAUGAUAAACCAAGUCAUUGAUACUAUAAGCCAAAAUAUUAUACCAAUUGCGGAAAAUGUAAAAUUUGAAAAAAUUAUAAAUAUAAACGAUAAAUAA